AAACAAAAACCAAGCAGCUCCAGGUGAGGGCAGUUUGCAGCCACCUGCUACUUAAAGGCCUGCAGGGCUGGGGCUGGGCUGUGCUGCUGCUCUCUGAGGAUGAGGCUGUUUUGGGUGCUGCUGAGUGGGGCUGUGCUGGGAGUGGCAGAGACCACCACGGCUCCAGCUGCUCCAGCAUCUUCUGGUCACAAAGCAGUUGCUCUGAGGGUCUCCCUGGGUGUGGGGACACAAACUGUGGCCCUAGUGCCUGCUGGUGCCACCCCAGGGCUGUGUGCUCAGCCCCGCUCGGAGGAGCCCCCUGUGAACUUCACCUUAAGGCUGCUGGAUGGGGAUCCCGGUGCCACAAAGAGGCCAUUGGUGCUCAGCCGCGGUUCUGUGCUGCACCUGGAGGCCAGGGUGGAUGCCAGCCCCGAUGUGUCCCCCAGGAUCUUCGUGGAGCAGUGCUAUGGGACGGGAUCGGGGCAGCGGGCUCACCCCAGGAAGAGCUACAUGGUGGUGAACAGCCAUGGGUGUCUGCAUGGCUCAGGGCUGGGCAGUGUGUCCAUCCAGCAGCAGAGAGGGAUGUCUGUCCUCCAGCUCUCCAUCCUGGCCCCUGUGCUGGAGGCUGAGCCUGAGGAGGAGGUCUACGUGCACUGCCUGCUGUCAGCAUGGGGUGCCAGGAGGCACAGCCCGAUGUCCUGCUUCUACAAUGACACCACGGCCAGGUGGCAAAAUGCAGAGGAUCCCUCCCGGAACACCAUAUGUGACUGCUGUGACACUCAGUGUCCCCCUGGUGACACCAGGCUUGGAGAGCAGCCAGAGUUCCCAGGAGAAGGGAUGCUCCACUGGGAGACAGCGGGCCCACUGCUGGUGCGGGAGCUGGAGCCAUGGUUUGAAGCGCCGUGCCGCACGGUGAAGAAGCUGCUGCUGGCUGGGCUGGCCCUGGUGGGCAGCGUUGUGGUGGUGGCCGUCACUGUGGGCAGUUUGCUGGGUUGGGGCUGGCUGCGUGGCGGCUGCGGGGGGCACGGCCUGUCCGACGACCCCCGAGGAGGCAGUGUCCCUUCCAGGCUGAGCUGCAGGCUGUGGUGGGAGCUCUGGUCCCCCGGGAGGAGGAGAAACAUGGAGAGAGUGGGAUGGAGUACCGCAGCCUGGAGCUGGGAGCGCUGUGAGAUGUUCUCUGCAAUAAAAAGUCACUUUUCUUUAAAUAUACGAGUUUGUUGUUUCCCCCUCUUGAGGGUGGUAUGGGGCAUGUAGCCUCCAGGCAGGACAGUGUGACAGCUGGUGCUGUACCCAGCGGGCUGGGGAGG